AUGCGUCGCUCCGAGCUCGAGUCGCUCGUCACCCGCUUCGACGGCGUCCACACCAUCACUUGCCUCGACCCGCGCAGCCCCGCGUCGCACUACAACCGGUUUGCGUACGGCGCCGCCAUCGCCGCGACCAACACGCUCAUCAUCGUGUGCAUGUCGGCGUGGGGGUACCGGCUGUACGCCGUCAUCCGCCGCUCCUACAUGCACGACGAGCUCCUCCACUGGUUCGUGGGCCAGCAGGCCGAGCAGAAGCGCCGGGCCGAACGCCUCUCCCGAGCGGUCCAGCUGCAGCGAGGCGUGACGUGCGACUCGACAGGCUGA